AUGUGAGUCGUUUUGGAGGAGCUCUGAGGGAGGAGGGGAGGGGUUAGACGGAGUCCUGAGGAAAUGCUACAUUCAAAUUCAUGCUAGUUUUCCGAGACUGCCAACCCCAGCUUUAAGUAUAAAUAAGUUAUCUUACAGUCGGACCCCCCUUUCUUUGAUAGACUUUCCACAAGCUAAACUGUUACAUGGUGUACAAAGGGCAGUGGGACUGUUUUGGUGAGGAGCGGCGUUCCAGCCGUCUCUUCCUUUGCGACUCUGGGAUUUGUAGUUUUUGACGCUGCGUAACGACGUCAGCGGAAGUAUUUUCAGCGUACGUGAGCUGGCCAGCUAGGUCACAUUGGUUGUGUUUUGUAAGGUUUAAAAACAUGGCUACAAUGGAGGCAGCUAACGCAGAGGAGGUCCACCUGAGACAUGUGGAGACUGAUGUCCUCAUCCCAAAGAUGAUGAGGGAGAAAGCAAAGGAACGCUGCGUCGAGAAAGUUGAAGCCUUCAACCUUUGCUGUAAAGACUCUGGUUUCUUCAUGGUGUUUAAGUGUCGAGAGGAGAACGCAGCACUUAAGGAGUGUCUGACAGUACACUACAGGGACCCGGUUUUCUUUGAGGAGUGUAAGCAGGAAUACAUCCAAGAGAAACUGGAGUUUCUGAAGACAGGGAUCCCAUCAAAGAACAGGAAACAAAAACUGCCAACAAGCAUGUAAUAAACAACAUGGUAUCCCAAAGCAACUUCCUUCAUUUGAAGCUGACGGGGCAGUGUGUGAGGCUUUGGCUAGAACCAGCACCAAGUCUACAAAAGAUAUUUGGUCACCUGGCAGGAUUUACUACUUAUGUAUACUAAAGUCACAAGCCUGUGCUUUUUAUUUCAAUCUGUCAUAUUUUGACUGAAACUCCCUUGGUAAGCAAGGUUUAUAUCUAAAUAUAUACCUGCUCAUGGUUUUUCCAGAAAGCCAGAAUUAUCUCCCUUUAUAGAUUUCAAUCUACAGAACUGACUUUGCAUUUACUGAUUUUCUCAUUGAUUUAUAAAGAUCUGAUCAAGGCACAGUCAGCUCCUGUACCUCAACCUGAAAUACUCAAGGCUUCAUAGGUGAGCAUUAAUUGAUGUGUCAGAUAUCUGUAUGUGCAAUCACAGCACUGUGGUAUGGAACAGUCUCUCAAGUUGCUUUUGCCUGUCGCUACACUUAAGUCAUCUUAUGAGAAAAGUGUAUAAUAACAUACAAAGAACUUAAAAAAGGCUUGGAAGUUUAAGAUACUUGAACUAUGUAAAUAAGAGAGAUCUGACAUUUAAUCAAGUAAUGAAGAGUUUGAGAUCAGUGUGACGUAUGCAGUGUAAUGUGAAAUGUAAAUAAAAAUAAUUCAGUAUCUGUAAA